UUCCUCAGGUUUCACGUCAGUAUUUAUCGGCCAUUUUUGGCAACUCGUCAAGUGAUUUGUGUGCCUCAGUAAUCAGUCAGAAUAAUUCCACGUGUUCAAUAAUUUUGAACUUUCUCAAUGUUCAGAUGCCGCCACGUAGGGAACCCGAUCAUCCGGCACAUACUCAGGCUACAGUGGUCGCUCAGUUCCGCGACUAUCAUGCCGAAAAGUUCUCAGGGCAGGGAGAUCCUCGCAUUGUAGACGAGUGGAUUCAGGGCCUGGAGUUUAUCUUCGAGGUCAUGGAGUGCCCUAAGAGAUAUCGCGUUGUUUGCGCUCAUCUUCAGCUCACCGGUGAUGCCAGGCUCUGGUGGAACGCUUACUGGAGCAUGCGUCCCGGCGAGAAGGCGGGAUUGGAUCAGGGCCUUGAGAUGAUUUUUGAGGUCCGGGGUUGCUCAGAGCGUCACCGUAUUCUCUGUGCUCAAUUUCAGAUGACAGGAGACGCUCGGUUGUGGUGGAAUGCUUAUUGGGGCAUGCGCCCUAGAGAGAAUGAGAAUCUUACUUGGGCUCAAUUCAAGAAUCUCUUGCGAGAGAAGUACUAUCGGACUUACUACCGGACAGAGAUAGAGCGCCAGUUCUUGGUGUUAGAGCAGGGAAAUAGUACAGUCGAUGAGUACGAGCGUGAAUUUACUCGCCUUGGAUUUUUCGUUACCUAUAUGGUAGAUACGGAGGAGAAGAGGUCGAACCGCUUCCGUGAAGGACUUUUACCAAAAAUCCACCACAACUUAGCUGGACAUGUUUCUCUGUCCUAUGCUGACACAGUUACACGUGCCCAAAAGAUAGAUGUCAGUUUUCAAAGGGAAGCCGCACGAGUUCAAAGUCAGCCUAUCAUUCUGCCAGUUGUUCAGCCAGCUAUUCAGCCUCUAGCACAACCAGUCCCUAAUCAACAUGCGAAGAAUAAGAACAAGAGAAAGGUGCGAGGCCAGCAGGAUGACUGUAGGAACAUGCAGAGGCGAGCAGGUCCAGCUACACAGCAGAGACAGAUUCUA